UGUACUGAACGGACCCAUGAAAAUGAAAGUAGGGGAUUUCUACACUUCCGGUUGAAAGAUCGUUUAAAACAAUAACAAUGGUCUCUCAAGAGAUGCAUGAGGGUUAAAUAUUUAUUAUUUAUGUUAUUGUUAUCUUUGAAUUUUAGGAAAGUAAAUUUUUGCCAAAAAAAUGUUUGGGGCAGACCUUCCAUUCAAUAUGUACAUAGAUGAAGAACCAAAGGCCAGCAAUGGGUGGAACUUUGAUUUAGAAGAGUAUCUUAUCCCCAGUAAUCUGGUUCCCCACCCAUGGAACCGGCAGUCUGCCAGUGAAACACACCUUGACAUGGACUUCAUUCUGGUGGCUGAAUUUUCUGAACUAGAGGGACCAAGAGAAGUGAUGACCAUUCCGAAAGGUGGGUCCAGCAACUUCAACAUCACAGAUUUCUCUGUCAGAAUUAUGUCCCUUGAGCAUCAGACAACUACUAAACAAGGUUUUCACCUGAUUGAAGAUUCACAAGUUAUGUUUUCGGAGAUUAAAGACAAUGUGUUUGCAUUUGUACACCAUUUUGCUUUAUACGACCGCCAUGCUCGUGGAUAUGUGAGGCCUUUUGCCAUUAGUUACAUCACUCCUGAUAGCAGAAAAUUGCUCCAGUUUUAUGAGGAGAUCAGUCAACAGAUGAAAAAGGUUGUGAGGUAUUUAAAGUAUGGGAACAAGCUGGUCUUUAAGAACAACUUAGAGAUGCAUCUGAUGGACCUCCAUUACACAAAAGCUGAGAUGUUGUUGAGAAUGAGAUCAAAGAAGUCAUCUCAGGCUGUCAGUGAGGACAUUUUCUACAAAAACUUGAGAACUCUAGAGGCCAACAUUACAGAGACACAGAAUGUUCUUCACUCAGUCAGGCAAUCUCUGGUAGAUAAGAAGCUUGAACACAGGUUUGCACGUCUGGAAGAGAAGGCCAAAGUGGACAGUUCGAGACCAAAGUCCGACUCUUUCAGUCUGCAGGAAUGGGAGGAGAUCGACAACACUCUGCCGUUAUCACAGUUAUCUGGAUCAUAUGGCUCCUCACCAGAGGGCGCUCAGACUUUGUUCCCCGACACCCGUUUUUACAAGCCCAAAACUGUAAAAAUUACCUCUGGGCGACAGUUUGAUAUUCAUUUACAAGGUCUACAUGAACUUUGUUCGUGGGGUCACAGAGAGGGAAUGCAAAAACUAAGACAUCUGUAUCAGUUUUUUCAGAGAGAUAUGGCUGUUCUUCAAGUGGAGAAUUGUGACAUGACAUACUGUGAACCAACUUCUUCAGCUUUAUGCUUUGGUGAGGACUGCAUUGGAGCCAAUCUACUGACAAAUAUCGACAAAAACUGCAUGGGAUGCCACUGUGUGUGUGCUAAUUUGCCUGAUUUAUUGUUCAACAAGUGUUCCUCUAUCGAGUCUUUGAGUUUUAAGUCAGCUGCUAGUUCAUUUCGUUCUCUAAAUGAUGAUGAUGCAGAAUCGAUGAAGUCCGCUUACAGCACUACAGGAUCACCUGUUGUAAACUUUAGUCUCAACAAUGAUCCCGAGGUAACAGUUGUUAAAGAUUCAGAGAAGGAUUUGGACGUAUUUUCAAAUAAUGAAUUCCUCAGACAUCUCCAGAUUCAAAUAGAACAGUUUGAAAUUGGAAUACCAAAUACAAAUGAGGCUGUUUUUGAUGAUAUAAGGGAGAAUGAAAACCAUGAUAUAAAAGCUGAUUCGCUAGACCACAGAGAAGGAAACAGUGACACAUGCAAAGGUUAUACUAAUGACCCAAAAGGGAAAACAGAUAUUUUAUCAGUUAUGGAAGUGUCCACAUGCACUCUUACAGGAGAGGAGAAAGGGGAGGAUGGAGUUGAAACAGUAGAUGUCGGAGAUGAUUGUUGUGAAUGUGGUACAGAUGAUGGAGUUGGUGGGUAUGAAUGUGGUACAAGUGACAAGGAGACAGCAGGAGUAAGGGACCGACUCCAAACACUGACUUCUGAAAAUGUAGGACAGCAGGAGAGUGAAAAAGAGGCUGGGAAUCAGGAGAUCACUGAAAAGAUCUCGUUGUUAGCCCAGUCACUCAGAACUGAAUCUGAACUUGAGCAUGAUUCAGAAGGCAUUUCAAGUUAUGAAUUUAUUAGGCAAAACAUUGAAAACUUGGUUCCAGUUGACACCCCAGAGCAAGAGUCUGUUUUGUUUCCUGGUGAUACAGACAACCUGACUUGUGGUUUUGGACUGUUACAUAUCAUGACAAAGUAUGCAAGCAUAAAACAUGUGAUAUACUCUAUAUUAAUUGGUCGACCUGUGAUUGUUGUGGGGACGGCAGCUCAAGAGGAAGAGGUUACACACAUUGUCAAGGCUCUAAAGAUAUUUCUGACCUCUUAUCACAGGAAUCACAAGAGUUUUAUCCCAUGGGCUCGAUGUCUGCCCAGUAUAUAUAAAAUGACAGAUGUAAAAUUAUUAGGGGUUUGUCGACCAGAAAGAAAAUCAGUGGAUAGAUUUAUACCUGCAGCAGUUAAGAAACUGUGCACUGUAUUUGAUUUGAAGAAAAGAGAAAUUUUUUGCCCAGCAUAUCAGGGCUAUUAUUUGUCACUGUUAGACAACAGAGUCAGAAGUUAUAAAAUGGAAGAAAUGCUCACAACACAAAUCAAAUCGAUUUUGGUUGAGCUGUCAUCAAAGACUUUCUUAUACUUCCACUCUUUCUCGAUCGGUCCUGCUGGGAUUGGGAGACAAGACUACAAGUUUCUACAACAGCAGAGCUCUUCAUUCCAGAGAAUGGUGUCCAACUUCAUGGCUAAAAUUGGGAUUCAUGACUCAGAUGUCCACAUAUUAGAGUUUUUAUGUGAAACGAUAAAGCAACAACUCAUAGAGGACCACUUCCAAUCAAGAGCAAGUCUUUCAAACAUGCCUGUAAAACCACUGGUUGCACAUCAUAACCUUUGCUGCCAAGUUAUGAAAUGCUGAUAUUGCAUUGAGAAGUUUGAAAUCCGUGUAAUAUUUUGUUACUUGGAUAUGUAUGUUAUUGAUUUCUGUCCAUGUCUUCAGUAAAAUUGUGGGAUAUUAAUUUGAGUCUGUCUGUUGGUAGCAUCCGAUUUUCCUGAUAUCUCUUUAGCAAUGGUAUUUUUCAUGAUGUCCCCUAUUGUGUUUUAUGAGAAGUUUUAUGGUCAAGGUCACCAGAUCACUUAUUGUAAGAAAUUAUUUUAAAUAAAAGAUGUUUACUCACUAUUUGAGCUUUCAGUGAUGAAACUUCACAAGAAAUGUUGUCAGUAUUUACCAGUAUACCCCAAAUAUGUAUUUCAAUUUUGUAAUUUACAAUACAGGUAGCAGAAACUUGGAAGGCUCCAAAGCAGUUCACGUGACGUGUUGUAAAUUCAUAAAUUCGGUUGAUAUAUUUUUGCAAGCAGAAUACCAUUUCUUAAAACCAUUCAUAUCAAUGAACUCAAUAAUUGGUAUGAAUUUUUUUAAACCAAGAAAUCAAAAAUUUAUAAUCCCCAAAUUUUUACGUUCCAUCUUAAAUUUUGAGACAAGGCAUUGCAACUUACAUUCAACUUUGAAAAUUGACAAUCCUCCUAGUUUGCUCUUUAAACUCUAAAUUUCUAUAUCAUGAGUUUUGUGCAAUUUUUAGGUUUGAAUACAUGUACCAAUAGGUCAUUAUUUAUUUUCAAUCUUGAAGGAGAAUGCUGUCCACUAGGACAUACAAACUUUUUAAUUCUGAAUGGUGGUUAUUAUGCAGGAAGACAUUUAAAAAAUGAAGAAAAAUAAAUCUGAGAAUGAAAAAAAGCAACCUCCAAUCUAAUUUUAUGAAAAUUAUGUAAAAUUUCUCUGCAAUGAAUUAUUUACCUAUGUGCAACACUGUUUUGGCCAUUGUUUCUGUAUAAGCAAAAGAAAUUUUAAUGUCACAAUUAUAACAAAAGACUUGCAAGAUGUAUGAAUUUUUUAAUAUGUCAGUGUUAAUUUUUAUGAACUGUAAAACUGUUUUAGUCAUUUUGGUAACAAUUGGCAAAUAGGACUUUGACAGCUAAUGCCCCUUUAAAGUUUUUAAUACAUUAUAUUAUUAGAACACAUGGGUGUACAUAAAUGUAAUGAUUGAUUUUUGUUGCUUAUAUUGUUUUUACACCAAUAUACAACACAAGUUUAUAAAAAAAAAAAAAAAAAAAAAAAAAAUUGGUGUAUAUUUUAAAGUGCAAAAAGGUUAAGUUUAGCCCACUUUGCUGUACGGAGCUCAGUAAAAAGCGCUAUGACCUGUAUUUUUCUGUUUGUUUUUAUGAUUUCCCUUUAUUGUAGACAUUCUAAAUAUACUUCUACAAGAAUUUACAAUACUUUUAACUUUCCUCUAAGAAAUUCAGUUUUAAAAACCACAAAUCAAAUAGAUAUUUUAAAAUAGAAAUGGGGGACAUGAAUUCAAUGAAUCUGUUUUAUUGUUAUUGUGAUUGUUCAUAUGAUUCAGCUUAAAAAUUGUAAUCAGUUGUCAAUUAUAUACUUCAAUAAAAUGUGCAAUAUUUAA